AUGAGAGAUAUCGUGCUGAUCGAAGAUCGGGAGUCUGUGUCGAACCCCGAGUGUCACGCUAUGGGGUUGAUCCCCUACUGUCAAGAAAAUCCCGGUUUGAGGAUAGAACGACGCGUCAGCUUGUGGCAAAAUGCCUUCUUCUACAAUUCAGGGUUAGGGGCAUGGGCAAUCGGUGAGCGGACAAAAGACUAUCGAGAUCUGGAGGCUAACGAGAUGUCGUUCGCCGUCGCGCGCUGGGUCAUUGAGACCCUGCCACUUAUCUCCGCCGGCAUGCCCGCCAAGUCAUUCACAUUAGUCUUGGACGGAGAGGGUGAUCCGCAGUGUACAGAAGUGUUUCAGAAUAUCGUUCUGCGCGACGCUGCAUGGCAGCAGGCGAUGGACGAAUGUUUCCAAAGCGGUGACCUUCCGCUAGAGCCGUAUGGAACGAGGAGAAACACCCAGAGAAAUUGGGCGGCCGCUAUCUUCCCAGCCUUCAAUGACUCUUAUAUGUUUGACAAGUUUCCGCAGGUGAUGCGAGAAAUCGUCGAAGGGACGUCCAUCGUUCGUUGCACCUUUGACCCCGGCGAGGUUAUCGAUGUGCAACGCUUCAAGUCGAUCGCGAAGCAGGGCUCAUGGAGCCUGGAACACUGGAAAGUCAAUUGGCCCUUCCGCCCCUAA